GAAAAGACAUCUAAAAAGCAGGAUAUUGAAGAAGUAUUUGAAUGGUUUCAGCAAUUAGACAAACGCAUCAAUGGUGGACUGAUUGUUAUAAAUAGAGAAUUGUUCGACAAAUAUUUUGAACGUUUGAAGGAGAUGGUUAAUAAAGAUGAACACAAAAUUGAUCAAUACUUCAGUGCGCCAAGAGUGCGAGUUCAAAUACUAGACACCAGAAGCACCCGUGCAGUUACAAUGUUUAUACAACGGUUACAGUAUGAGAUAAUGCAUCGGAAUCGCAUUGAUACUGCCGUUAUUGGAACAGUAGCAGAUGCACUUCCUGAAGCAGUUUUAAUUCUCGUGUGCAACAUAGGACAAGGCGGAUCCACAAAAGCCUUAGUAAAGAAAUGUCUGAAAGAUGUUGAACAGGUUCACUACAACAGAGUUAUUCUGGUAAUGGUACACGUUAUGAGAGAAGAAACUCUCCCAAAGCUCCCCUCUAGUGGUGAAGUAAGAGGCGAAGAAAGUUUGAAGAAAAUUGGAGAGAUGGUUGACAUGGGUUUCUAUGACGAUAAAAUAUAUCAGUGCGAUAUGAAUACAAAAGCCAUUAAACAAAUUUUGCAGUUCUGUAAAGAAUUUCGUUAUUCAGACAAUCAGGAAAGUCAAGCCGAUAAUACAAUAGUGCCUGCCUCUAAUCAGCCAAAUGAUUCAAUGAAUUCUCCCCCAAAACAAACGAAGGAUACAAUGAUUUCUCCCUCUAAUCCACCGAAAGAUUCAAUGGACCACUCCUCUGAUCAGAAGACAAAUCAACUCCGACACGAACAAAUGGAGAGUGUGCAAGAAAACGUGAUUUACCUUAAUGGCAAAAGAUAUUCCAGCAAAAAGAUAUAUCUGAUGACUCCGUCUAAUACCAAAGCCCUGACAGUGUUUAUUAAGAUAUUUAAAACCAAAAUGAGGAGUUUUGGAUUUGAUAUUGAUGAAAAGGAGCCAAGUGAAGCUAGAAACCUCGACCCUGAUCUGUUGUUGAUAAUACUUUGCAAUGCUGCAUCGCGCAUUGAGUCUGACAUCAAGAAUUGCUAUGAUAAAGACUUGCAAGCCGUUGUAAACGACACAAUUUUGAUAGCGCUGCAUGUAAUAACAAAAGGAAAUGAGCCGAAAUUGCCUACAGAGGAUAAACUAGCUGCUGACAGUAUCUUUCAGGACAGUUCAUUGAUUAAGAUUAUCGACAUUGCUUUUGAUACUGAAAAUGGAAUGUAUGAAUGUACAAAUCUGCAGACGAUUUUUUUGAUCAUCUUAAUGCAAAUUUAACACACGCCACAAACUUAAUAGAUUGAACAUUAACAUGUUGAUGGUUUGCUUCUUUCUAUUUUUUUUGUAUUUUAUUUCAUUUUGCACUUCCGUUAUAAUUAUGUUUACAAUUCGAUAUUCUUGCAGCAAAUGACAAAACGAUUAAACAGAUGGCUGCGUAUGUUUUGUGGUAAAUUCUGGAAACAAAGUGAUCCCUCGGAAGCAUUAAUCACAACAAAAUAACAUAAGAAUUGCAGACUCGGUUUGAUUGAGUCUGUAUAUGAGGGACAAUGUAUAAGUGCAACAUCCCUCACGCCCCCUAGUACCGGCUUGAGCGGUACUCAAUUCUCAACACUUUAUAGUGUUGGCAUCAAUGAUCCCGAAGGACCAGAAAUUAUAACAACACUGAAGUGAAGUACGGGGCAACUUUUUACGGCUGCCACACGGAACUUGACACCUGCUGUUGUGAAGUACAAAAUUCUGGAAACAAAGUGAUCCCUCGGAAGCAUUAAUCACAACAAAAUAACAUAAGAAUUGCAGACUCGGUUUGAUUGAGUCUGUACAUGAGGGACAAUGUAUAAGUGCAACAUCCCUCACGCCCCCUAGCACCGGCUUGAGCGGUACUCAAUUCUCAACACUUUAUAGUGUUGGCAUCAAUGAUCCCGAAGGACCAGAAAAUAUAACAAAACUGAAGUGAAGUACGGGGCAACUUUUUACGGCUGCCACACGGCACUUGACACCUGCUGUUGUGAAGUACAAAAUUCUGCUUACUCAUGCUUAGUACCUUUUCCCUGUCCCGCCGCUACCCACAAGAAGAGACAUUGACAAAACGCGAAACGUGAAAACACAGGAAUGCAAUGAACUUUUGAUGAACGUCUUGAAAAAAUAAUAACUAAUUUGUGGUAUUUGAUCUUGGUGCAGCUGUUGCUGCUAGAUAAUUUAAUCAUCUGGUUGUUCUUCAUGUUGUUCAUCUAUAUAAAGACAAUAAAUUAUAACUGUGUCCGCGAAUUAGAUUUGUGUGUUUUUCUGUUUGAGAAGAGAAAUGACAUAACAUUUUAAGCCCCUGUGCAUAACGCAAUUAGGGUAGACCAUGGGUAAUGGGCACUAUAAGAAACUGUAAAAUUGACAACAUACGACAGUUAUGUGUCUUAAAGGUCACCUAUAUGCAAAAUUUCAAUAAAGUUUAUUGUAUGGUUUAUGAGUUAUGGAUAUAUUUAUCAACUAAAAUAUUGCUAGUAGAAGUGUUUUUUUUUUUCAGAAAUGAGGAAACAGUAAAUAAUCUAUAAUGUCAUUAUGUUUCUUACAAUCAUAGCUAUUUACACUGUUGCUCAUAAAGAAUAUAUGUGUUAACCUUUGUAUUUUAUCUUUAUUAGUUUGAUACUUUUGGUGGUUUCUCUAACUUUGUAAGUUUAGGGUCAAUCUGUUCAAGGUCUAGAUAGUGUGUUGAUGUAUAAUUGAUAAACAAUAAUUGACAGUUUGAAUAUUUUUACUUCAUCAAAUAAAUUAGACUUGACAAUUUAAAGCGUGUACGAAGCAAAAGGUCAAGGCCCUGUUAUUUUAAUAUAAUCGUUGAGCAAUAUUCUUUUAUCAUAUAUGAAUUGACAUAAUACGUUUUAUAAGAGUAACACCAAAUAACACCAAUUGUUCCUUGGUAGCUAGUUCGAACUGAGUUAUAGCAUGUUAAUGCAAACUUACACCAAUGAAGACAUUGCAUGUUUGCACUUAUUAUAGUGGAGCGGGAAA